AUGACAGCUACAUCUGAGUGGGUCGGGUCCCAGGCAGCAGUGGCAGCAGCUAAAGCAGCGAAGUAUGCAGGUGCUGGAGGAGCUGGAGUCCUCCCUGGUGUUGGAGGGGGUGGCAUUCCUGGUGGUGCUGGCGCAAUUCCUGGGAUUGGAGGCAUUACAGGCGCUGGAACUCCCGCAGCAGCUGCUGCUGCAAAGGCUGCCGCUAAGGCUGCUAAGUACGGAGCUGCUGGAGGCUUAGUGCCUGGUGGACCAGGAGUUAGGGUCCCAGGUGCUGGAAUCCCAGGUGUUGGGAUCCCAGGUGUCGGUGGCAUUCCAGGUGUUGGUGGUAUUCCAGGUGUUGGCAUCCCAGGUGUUGGGGGCCCUGGUAUCGGAGGUCCAGGCAUAGUGGGUGGACCAGGGGCUGUGUCACCAGCUGCAGCUGCCAAAGCUGCUGCCAAAGCUGCCAAGUAUGGAGCCAGAGGUGGAGUUGGCAUCCCGACAUACGGGGUUGGUGCUGGUGGCUUUCCUGGCUAUGGUGUUGGAGCUGGAGUUGGACUUGGAGGUGCAAGCCAAGCUGCUGCUGCUGCUGCUGCUGCCAAAGCUGCCAAAUACGGUAAGUGA